AUGGAAAGUGCUUCAUCAGACGGAACAGGAGGGAAGAAACAUGUUAGGCAAGCUUCUUCGGGGAGAGCUUUACCCAGACGGCCGACACGAGGUCCGCUGGAUAUCAACGAUUCUCCUCUAAAUAGUCCUUUGUCGCCUACAAAUUACAUCAACACCACACAGACACUCUCGCCAGGUGGUCCAGUGCCAAGAAGUCGGACACCUAGGCUUCCAUCACCAAGUCCAGGUUCGAAUCUAUCGUCCAAUACUUUUAUGACAGCUCCCACAUCGCUUUCGCCAUCACAAAAUACAUCGUUCCAAUCGACUGUAUCGACACUCCAGAAAGAUUUCUCUUAUCUACUCCGUCCAGAAAUCUACCAUCCUUUACCCGUUCUCGAGAUUCCCCUAUCAUUUCGUUCCUCUCCAGCUUCAUCGCUCCCACCUAAUCCAGAUGCCAAUACCCUUUCAUCACUCUUAGCAGCGGGCUAUUUUCGAGCUGCGGCCAUUUUAAGUGCUACUCUUUUGACAUCCAGUCCUGGCCCCACAUCAUAUGAUGAUAUAUUUAACCUAUUCUACAUCCGUCUCGCCUGUCUCACACUCUGUAAUCAGACUCAACUCGCGGCUCAGGAAGUAAAAGCUCUCGAAGACCUCAAUGCCGCCUACUACCGGGAUGAUGAAACAGACACUCAUAUGGUAGGAUGGGAGCUGAGAGUUUUAGCAGUUAGAUUGCAGGGUAUGGGAUUAGGAGAUGCUAGAAGAGGUGUUAUGGGAUAUUAUGAUUUGGCUAGAGAUGCCAGGAGUACCUUGAUGAAAUUGAAGAAGCGAAACGUCGCUGGGGAGGAUUUAAUUGGGGAGAUCGACUCAUGGGAAGGAAGAUUGGCGGAUCUUGGGAUUAGAGUUGCAAGUGCGCUGAUUGAGAUGGAAGAUUUGGUGGGGGCGGGGACGCAUCUGAAGAGUUUGAAGGUUAACGAAGAGGGAGAUGAGGAAUUAAGGGCAAAGAAAGCAUUACUGUGGUUGUGUCUAGGGGAUAUUGAUGCUGCGAGGGAGUGUUUGAAGAAAGGGGGUGGGAAAGAGUUCAUGGCGAGUGAGAUAGAUGGAACGAUUAGAGCCCUGGCAUUUGUUGCUGAAGGGAAGUAUGAAGAGGCCGUUGUGAUUUGGGAAGAGCUUAUCGCAAACGAAGAAACCACAGCCGGAAAAGGAGAGAAAGCCAUGUGGAGACAAAACCUCGGAGUUACAUUAUUAUACCUGGGACGUGGUGAGGAGGCCAGGACAAUCCUGGAAUCCUUAAUCGCAGAAGACAAUUCAUUUCAUGCCGUGACCUUCAAUCUAAGUACCAUCUAUGAAUUGUGUACCGAGAGAUCAAGAACGUUGAAGAUUGCGUUGGCGGAGAAGGUGGCGGCAAUGGUGGAUAUUGGGGAGAAUGAGGGGGUGGUGAGAGGAUGGGAGAAGGUUAAUGGGGAUUUUAAAUUGUGA